AUUGAGAUCUGAACCUUAUCUUAUCCGGGAGAGCGGGACUUCCCAUCCCAUACAAAAGCUCUGUACUUUCCCAAAAAGAGUCAAGAGGUCAACCCCAAUGGCGCAAAUCUCACAGAAGGAACUCAACUCUCUGAGACGGAGAGUUGCGUCUGUCGCCAACCAUCUCCUUUCGGCUGGUUCGACUUCCGGCUCGGGUUCCAUUGCCCUAUCCAAUGCUUCAAUGAACGACAGCUACCAUCGUACACAUGGGAAGGUUCCGACUCACCCAGUUGUUUGGGAACCUGCUUUUGACGACUCUGGGAAGAAAUUCAUCGAUAUUAUUUAUGCGAAGGCGGUCGGUGAAGGCAUUGCAAAGAUCACGAUAAAUCGUCCAGAGAGAAGAAAUGCGUUCCGGCCGCAGACAAUCAAGGAGCUUAUGCGUGCAUUUAAUGAUGCAAGGGAUGAUGCUGCGGUGGGAGUCAUAAUUCUCACCGGGAAAGGAACCGAUGCAUUUUGUAGUGGUGGUGACCAAGCCUUGAGGACAAAAGAUGGUUAUGCUGAUGACGCAGAUAUAGGCCGGCUAAAUGUCUUAGAUUUGCAGAUACAGAUAAGGCGGCUUCCUAAACCUAUAAUAGCAAUGGUUGCAGGUUAUGCUAUUGGAGGAGGACACGUUUUGCACAUGGUUUGUGAUCUAACCAUCGCAGCAGAUAAUGCUGUUUUUGGCCAAACUGGCCCUAAGGUAGGAAGUUUUGAUGCUGGUUAUGGAAGCUCCAUUAUGUCCCGAUUGAUUGGACCUAAAAAAGCACGCGAAAUGUGGUUUCUAACUAGAUUCUACACGGCAUCUGAAGCAGAGAAAAUGGGACUUGUUAACACUGUUGUGCCGCUAGAGAAUUUAGAGAAAGAAACAGUUAAAUGGUGUAGAGAGAUUCUGAGAAACAGCCCAGCUGCCAUUAGAGUGCUCAAAUCUGCUCUAAAUGCAGUUGAUGAUGGUCAUGCUGGCCUCCAGGAACUUGGUGGAAACGCGACCCUCCUGUUUUAUGGCACUGAGGAAGGUAACGAGGGUAAGAAUGCAUAUCUGCAGCGUAGACGCCCAGAUUUCUCAAAAUUUCCCCGAAGACCUUGAACCUUUUAGUCCCACACAUCUUUAUUUGUACCCUAUAUGUAACCAUUUUUCAAUGAAUCUUAAAAUUCAUUUCGACUUUGGUUGCUUUCUCUUUUCACGAAGGGAGUCUUGCAUUUAGAUUCUAGACAUAACUAAAUUCUCACGACUUUCGUGUGUGAAAAGUUGAACGUGGCUUUGAGGAAGCAAUGGAUGGAGCACCGCUUGUAUCAGGGUCCAUUUGGUUAGAGGCAAUCUCUACUAAAGAAAGUUUUUAUUG